AUGGGGAGGAGUCAUUGCACCUCUCUGCUUUUAAUAUUCUCUAUUUUACUGGUCUUUGAUAUUGUUGUCUCCACUGACACAGUUAACAUCGCUACCAUUCUUGACGUCACUACACCAGCGGGAAAGGCGGCCAAUACAUCUUUACGUUUUGCUCUCCAAGACAUUAAUUAUCAGGCGGCUAAUGGUACUCGCUUCAACCUAAUCAUUGAAGAAUCUCGAGGCUUUGUUGGAAACGUUCUGCAAGUAUUUAGAAGUGAGGUUGCGGCAAUCCUGGUAGAGGACCCUAAGAUUUCAAAGCUUUUGGGCCCUUUAGCGGAAGAAGUUCACGUACCAAUCCUGUCAUUCAGCGGUGCGCAUGGUUUUGGCACCUCAAGUGAUUCCACAUACUUAAUUUCCACAUUUCCUAGUCGUUAUGAUGAUAUGAAAGCCACAGCAGCAAUAGCAGCCUACUUUCAGUGGAAGUCAGCGGUCGUGCUGUACGAAGACGAUGAGUUUUGGAUAAAUGGUGUUUACGGAUUUCCCUGCCUCGACGAUGGUUUUAAAAGGAGUUACAAAACAGUUGGGUUUUGUAAAAGGAAAAGCGACACCGAGCUGCUUCAAUCCCCACGCAAAGAAGAAAAUAAACUGGGUGGUAUUAUCUGGCCUGGCGAUACCACACAAGCUCCCAACGGCUACAGAAAAAUUGUGAUUGGAAAAGUCACAGCGAAGAAGACAUCUAAUUUAGAUGGGUUCCUCGGCCGGAUUUCAAACUACACUAAUGACACAUUUCAGGCUGUCGUAGACACACUCCCGUAUAAUUUGCCUUUCGUUUACAAGACUUUCGAAAAUAUCCCAAACUACGAUGAAUUGGUAGCCGAGUUGGUUGAUGGAAAUACGUUGGAUGCGGUGGUGGGGGACUCGACAAUAUUGUGGGACCGUUCUUUGUAUGUUGAUUUCACCCAGCCAUACACCCAAACGGGUCUGGUGAUGAUGAUACCAUUAAAAAAAGCAGGAGGGCGAACGUGGACGUUUCUCCAUCCAUUCACUACAGGGUUGUGGGUUAUAGCCGGGGCAUUCGUCGUCUUCACUGCGUUCCUUGUGUGGCUCAUGGAACAUCAGGACAACCAUGAAUUCCAAGGCGGAGUUAUUCAACAAGUAGUAACUUCAUUGACAUUGGCGGCCUCUGCCUUCCUAUUUGCCCACAGAGAGGAGGUGAGAAGCAGUCUUGGCAAGGGAAUAGUAGCUACGUGGCUUUUAAUCGCUCUAGUAUUGAACAACAGCUACACUGCACAUCUCACCUCUAUUCUGACGGUGCAGAGAUGGGUCCCUACCAUUACAAAAAUGGAGAGCCUCACCACAAGCAAUGUCAAAGUAGGUUACCUCGAUAGUUCAUUUGUUAAAACUUAUCUCAAAGAUAAUCUGAAUAUAUCUCCAGAUAGACUCGUACCUUUAGACAAUCCCAAUGAUUACGUGCAAAAGCUGAUGAGUGAGGAAGUGGGUGCCAUAGUGGAUGAGAGCCUAUAUGUUAAAAUAGUGAAAUCUCUCUACCCAUGUGCAAAAUUCGAAGUUGUGGAUCGAGGGUACAUCGACACAGGAGGCUUCGGAUUUUUUUUUCGCGAAGGGUCACCAUUUUUAUCAGAUGUAUCAAAAGAGGUGCUCGAUGUAUCGGAGCAACCUUUCACGAUACAGAGUAUAAGCAACAAAUGCGUUGAUUCAUAUCGGCAGAAAGUUCCAUCCGAGUCGGCAGAAUUAGGGGACAGCACAAACACGAUUUGUCAACGCAUUUAA